UUAUUUUGAACGUCAGCGCGUCUCAACUUCCGCACGAAAUAUUAUGUGACAACAUCCGCUCCUCCGCUGUUUCCUCACUACCGCUAGUAAAAUUAAACAGCUUUUUAUUAUGAAGUUAAUAUUAAUACCUACUUAAAAAGACGAUAAACUAUGAACGUUUUGCCUUAAAAGCGAAAAUCAUGGCGAGGAUCGGCGAAAUCAUUCAUCUUAACGUCGGGGGCAAAAGGUUCAGUACCUCCAGACAGACUCUGACAUGGGUUCCUGACUCGUUUUUCUCAAGUUUACUAAGUGGACGGAUAUCAACACUUAAAGAUGAGACUGGAGCGAUAUUCAUUGACAGAGAUCCGUCUCUGUUUGCUCCUAUUCUCAACUUUCUGCGCACUAAAGAGCUUCACCCCAGGUCCAUAGAUGUGCACUUAUUAAUGCACGAGGCAGAGUUCUAUGGGAUCACGCCGCUGGUGCGAAAGCUGCAGCUGUGUGAUGAGUUGGAUCGCUCCUCCUGCGGGAACGUGUUGUUCAAUGGCUACCUGCCUCCGCCAGUGUAUCCGGUGAAGCGCAGAAACAGGCACAGUGUGGCAGGACCCCAGUUCAUGGGUGGCCGUGCGGGGCCGGUGGAAAGGGCCCCUGUGAGGAGGAGUAACACAAUGCCGCCUAACCUGGGCAACGCUGGCAUACUGGGCAAAGCUGCCAUGGAGGAGAGAAUGACAGGUCUGAUCUCUGAUCCAGGCAUGGUCAGAAUCAUAUGUGGUCAUCAUAACUGGAUUGCUGUGGCUUAUGCCCAGUUUGUGGUCUGUUACAGGGUUAAAGAGUCGACUGGAUGGCAGCAGGUGUUCACCAGCCCUCGGCUGGACUGGGUGAUUGACAGGGUGGCUCUCAAUGCCAAAGUCAUGGGCGGUUCUCUAGGCGACAACGAUAAGAUGGUUGCCGUUGCAUCGGGCACAGAAAUCAUACUGUGGGCAAUCUGUCCCGAUGGAAAUGGCAAUGAAAUUGGUGUGUUCAGUUUGAAUGUGCCGGUGGAGGCUUUGUUCUUCGUUGGAAAUCAGCUCAUCGCCACCAGCCACACGGGCAAAGUGGGAGUAUGGAACGCUGUCACUAAACACUGGCAGAACCAGGAUGUGGUUCCUAUCAACAGUUAUGACACCGCCGGAUCGUUCCUCAUUUUGGGAUGCAAUAAUGGAUCUAUUUACUAUAUUGAUGUCCAGAAGUUUCCGUUGCGGAUGAAAGAUAAUGAUCUGUUGGUGACUGAGCUGUAUCGAGAUCCCAGUGAAGAUGCUAUUACUGCGCUAAGUGUCUACCUGACACCCAAAACAAGUGACAGUGGGAACUGGAUCGAGAUUGCGUAUGGCACUAGUUCAGGCACGGUGCGUGUCAUAGUGCAGCAUCCAGAGACGGUGGGAUCCGGUCCACAGCUCUUCCAGACCUUCUCCGUCCACCGCAGCCCUGUUACCAAGAUCAUGCUGUCCGAGAAACAUCUCAUCUCUGUGUGUGCAGACAACAAUCAUGUCCGUACCUGGACGGUGACGCGUUUCCGAGGCAUGAUCUCCACUCAGCCUGGCUCCACCCCCCUUACUUCCUUUAAGAUCCUCUCAUUGGAUGAUAUUGACGGCCAUGGAGGCUGUGCUGCUGGCACUGAAAUAGGUCCGUAUGGGGAACGCGACGAGCAGCAGGUGUUUAUCCAGCGUGUGGUUCCUGACACUGAUAAACUCUACGUAAGGCUCUCCUCCAAUGGAAAGAGGGUGUGUGAGGUGCGUUCGGUGGACGGGACCGCCAUCACGGCGUUUGUGGUGCAUGAGUGUGAGGGAUCCAGCCGCAUUGGGUCCAGGCCCCGCCGGUACCUCUUCAGUGGACACAGCAACGGCAGCAUCCAGAUGUGGGACCUGACGACGGCGAUGGAGAUCGCAGGGAAAGUGGAUAUCAAAGCUCUCGGCGGUCCCACUGAAGAGGAGUUACUGGAGCUUUUGGACCAGUGUGAUCUGGCGCUGACCCGAACACCAGACAUGAGUCCUGCCGCGUCUCUCACACACUCCUCACGCAACUCCAUGUGCAGUCUUCAGUCUCAGUUCAGUGAAAUGGGUCGAGCUGCCGGUGUUUUUCGGGGUCCGGUUCCUCUGACCGGUAGUCUGCCCCGUCAGGCCCCGCUGGUUCCCCUCAGCAAACCCCGCGAGCCGCUGCACCUCGGCCUCAGCCAGUCGUCUCUGGCCAGCAGCGACGGCCUCGGCUCCAUCCGCAGGGGCAGCUUUGUGGAGCGCUGUCAGGAGAGAGCCAAGAGCUCGGACACGGCCGGCCUGGACGGGGGCAGACGCAGUUUAGCUGUGUGCAACGAGCUCGAAGCGCGACUCGGCCUCAGAAUGCAAUCGUCAUUCUCCACACCUUCAUCAUCAUCGUCCCCGUCAGCAUCAGCAGCAGCAGCGUCCAUGAGAAGACCAGCUUCGGCAGCACCAAGUCCUGCUCCUUCACCGCUCAGUCCAGCCAGAUCACAAACGCCCGUGUCUCCAAGACGACCCCUGACCUCUCCGACCAGUGAGAGCCCGUCCAAUGAGAAUGUACCUGGACAAGAAAGCCCCGCCUCUUCAUCUUCCACCAGCCCCAAACCUCAUAUGAAUGAAACCAGCUUCUGAGAGGAAGGUCAACACAGUGGACACAGGAAAAAGAAAAAAAAUGGAUUAGAUUGAAUGUUCUACCCAGCAACAGAAAUACAGAAUUAGUCAUUGAAAAGUGUUUGUGUAUAAAUACACACAGAUAAUUAUAUGUAUACUUCUUUUAGAGCAGUAUUCUUAAUAUCAGAGAAUACACACACACACACACACACACACACACACACACACAUAUAUAUAUAUAUAUAUAUAUAUACACAUAAUUAUUAUUAUUAUUAUUUUUUUUCAGAAUUUUAAAUGAUUCAUUUUUUAGAUUAAAAUUGUAUCUAUAUUGAAUAUCAUUUAUAUAUGAUAUUCACAAAAACUGAAGUAAUUUAAAAUUCUGAAGUAUAACAUAUUAUAGCAUUUACAAAAUAUAUUUCUUUUGGAACAGUAUUCUCAGUAUCACAGGGUGCCUUAUAAUAUAGAAUGUGGAGUUAUUAUGAGAAUAUGGAAUGUCACAUGUAAAUGUUGAAAAAAAUGCCCGUUCCACAAGAAAACAAACAAACAUAGCAAUUUUUUUUAUUUUUUUGGCAUGUUAACAUACUUCCCAAACGUAUGGAACUAAAGACAGCUGAACAUCACUGGAAAGUCGAAACACUGUGUCUCUGGUGCUGUUAAAACAUUGAUCGACCAAUCGAGUGAGAUUGGGGCGGGGCUGUGUGUUUAGCCAGCCAAUGACAGGAUAGGGGCGUGUCUAAGCAGCCUAUUUGAAAAGGGUCGUUAUUUGAUCAGUUUCAUUAAGUAAUGCUGCUGGUGCAGGAGUCGCACGUCAUCAUCUCGAGGCUGUGUCACACUGGCUAAUAUUACUGCAUGAUCUCAAACUGUGUGAAUGCUGUUCAGACUGACAGGGUUAUGUAAUUACUACUCGACUGCUCAUUUAUUAAUGCUCCAUGCUGCUUCUGACAUCUGUCGAGCAGGAUGGGCUAAUGUAUAUAUAUUACAGUGUAAUGGUAGCAAAUAAGAUGCACACAACAGAUGAAUUUAAACCAAUGCUUAUUUUCCAUUGUACUAAAAAUUCACUUUUAAUAUCUGAAAACAGAAAAUGUGCAUUAUAAAUUAAGAGUAUUAGUUAUAUUGUCUGAUGACAGUAAUAAUAAUACAAAUAAAUAUCAGACAAUUAUCUGAUAUCGCUGUAAAGAAAACUCAUGGUUGAUGUCUGCAAUAAGCAGUUUACAGGUGGUUCUUCUAAAACCAAAAUAAAUUAACAUGUAAAAAAUUUAAAUUAAAUUGUAUAUGUUAAUAACUAACAAAAUCAUGUGUAAUGCAUUGCAUAAUAGAGCGAGAGAUGAAUAGUGUAUGUAGUGCUUGCAGCUCUGUUACAGGCAACACAAUGUAUAUAUAAUCAGCACUUUCCGUUACGCCUCAGAGGACCGCUGUGUGUCUUCACUGCUGUCGGAGGAUCAGUGUGCGUUCGAGACGGUAAACCGUGGCUGUUACUAUAGUAGAAACAUGUAUCACAUCUUAAAGUCCGCUAGAAUUUGAUUGUUGGAAUAUGAAGUCUGAAUGUUCACUGUAUUCAUAUCAUCUCCUUUUUUGUUCAAAUAUAACUGAGUAUUUUACCCUGUUUAUGACAAGCUUGAAAAUGUGGCAUCUCUGCCAGAUAUUGUUAUGGUAUAUUGGUUUUUACAUUACCAGUAUCAUUCCUAAAUAAAUCUGAAAAAGUUGUGAA